AUGGCUAAGGUUAUCACGCGCCAAGGCGCUAUGCGAUUUAGGUGGUCUGAGGAUCAGAUCCGAACAAGUACUAUGUACCAAGAGUUAUCGAUAAACCCCUCCACAAACCCUAAACCAGAUAAGGAAUGCGCUGUAGAUUUUUUGACUGUACGAGUAUAUAGACCUAAGCCACUAAACUAUCAGCUCCCAACUCAGAGACUCUGA